UUAAGGUAUUCCAAAUCAGAAAAUGGUGAGAACUCCAUCUAUUGACAAAAAUGGAAUAAAGAGAGGUGCAUGGAGUGAAAAAGAAGACAACAAACUGAGAGCUUAUGUUGAAAGAUUUGGUCAUCCCAAUUGGCGGCAAUUGCCUAAAUAUGCUGGACUAAUGAGAUGUGGGAAGAGCUGCAGAUUGAGAUGGAUGAAUUACUUGAGGCCUGAUUUGAAGAAAGGUAAAUAUAGCCAUGAAGAAGAGGAACUCAUAAUUAAAUUACACAAGGAACUUGGAAACAGAUGGUCAGCCAUUGCAGCAAAAUUACCAGGAAGAUCCGACAACGAUGUCAAAAACCAUUGGCAUGCUCAUCUUAAGAAACGUGCGAGAUUAACAAAUAGCAAUUCAUCAAAUAUGGAGCAAUUUACUGAAUUAUCGAUAUCUGGAUCUCAAAAUGAGCAAUCUUCUUAUAAAGUUUCGGAACAUGAAGCAACUGACUGUAAUAUUAGAGAGGUGCCAGAUCAUUUUGACACUCCAUGUCCUCCAGAGGUUUCAUCAAGUGAUUUAAAUGGAAUGGACUGGAUGGAAGAAGAUAAUUACAUGAGGUCAAUGGAACAAUUUUCAAUUUUCAGUUCAUUGGAACCACUCCCAGACUCCUUUUCCUUGACAAAUCCUAUCGACAAUUUUCAGACAGAAUCCUUUGACCAUUUUUGGACCCAACCCUUCGAUAAUUUCUGGACACAACCUUUCAUUUAAUUCUUAUAUACCACAACUUGAUACCACACAACCUUUUAAGAAGUUCUUGAUACGUAUUCUGGUUCUACAAAUUUUGGGAUGAAUUGCGAGAACAUGUACUGGCUGAGUGGCAUAUCUGAGCUUUUAAUUUUUUAUUUUGAAUGAUAGUAGUAAUAUUUAUUGUUUAUAAUUAAUACUACCCCAUUAGAUAAUUGAUCUUUCCUCCCACCCACGUGCUAAAUAGAUAUUUUAUUCGAUAUGUAAAUGUAAUUUUUAGUAAUUUGUCCUCGUAAUUGACUUCUUUUGGGAACCGCCUUUUUGGGUUAAAACUCUCUGCAACACGACGCUAUAUGACGUACUUCUCGUGCUGAUU